AUGGCCACCACGAACCAAUGUCUCGCCUCCCUGGCCAGACUCAGCAUAUCCGGCACUUCUAGACCGGCAGCCACGUCGAUACCGAAAUUCCUGGCCCCGUCCAUCGUCCAGGCGCGAUGCGCCAGUGGACCUAAUUCGGCAAUGGCGAUACGCGUCAGAGAAAAGGAAAAGGCCAAGAGGAAGAAGAAGCAAACGAAAUUCAAGGAGUACAAGUACGCAGUGCCGAGCAAGGAGGAGCAGUUCUCGCUCUGCGAUGCUAUGAGGUACCUCAGAGCUGCAGAAGUCGGCCGUCCUCCUUCAUCAGUCACAUACGAAUUAUCGGUCAGGAUGCGAAGUGUCAAAAACGGUCCCGUCAUUAGAAACCGAGUCCGAUUUCCAUACCCUGUCAAGAAUGACACGCGCAUCGCCGUCAUCUGUGCCGAGGGCAGCUCAGCCAUGGCGGAUGCGCGCUCUGGAGGAGCUGUUGCGUUCGGCCAGGAGUCCCUGUUUGAGUUGAUCAAGACUCAAUCAAACAACCUACCCUUCAACAGAUUGAUUUGUCACGUCGAUUCGGUACAAGCCCUCAACAAAGCCGGUCUGGGAAGGAUAUUGGGUCCCAAGGGCAUGAUGCCGUCGUUGAAGACCAACACCAUCACCAAGAGUAUAAAGGGUAUGAUGCACGAAAUGGUCGGCGCCGAGCAAUACAGAGAGAAGAUUGGUGUCAUUCGCAUGCCGAUCGGCAACAUUCUCUUUACACCGAAGCAGCUUUCCGAGAACAUCAGUGCCCUUGUCUCGCAAAUCAAGGCUGACUUGACGGCCCUGGUGGACAAGACUAAUAUCAACAAGGACUUGAUCGAGGUCGUUCUGACAUCGACAAACGGCCCCGGCUUCUCGCUAAACGGAGGAUACCUGUCAACUGACGAAAAGCUUGACGAUUCGCAUCUGAGCACAACCAUGUAG